UCUCUCCGUCGCUCCUCCUGCAGGCUGAAGGCCAGCAAACUGGUGAAGCUGCAGUUUCCUCCUUGUGUCCUAAACAUAAUUUUCUUUGAAAUGUUUGCAUAAAUUCAGUGACUUCCUCAACGCUGCAUGUUGCACAACAGCCUGGUGUUUAAAGGAUCCGCUCACUGCAGCAUCGUCUUACUUGCUUUUCUAUUUUCAUAUUUGAGUUAUAGUUGGAUUUAAACCGAACCCAGUGUGACACGUUUUGUUCCACCUCAUGUUUUAAACAUGAAUUCAACUGAAAAACUUCUGAUCUCCUCGUUCACUUUUCCUCCCAAAUCCUGUUUGGUGAACUGGUUUCUGUCUAAGCUGCCCUUUGGCUGUGAGCGUGUGUGCACACGUUUGCAUGAAUUCAUCGCUAUAGCAGUAAGGUGGGCAUGCAGUGUUUGCCACAGUGAUGUGGCUUGUAGAGUCAUCAGUGGAGCGAAGGCGUGAGGAUGACCAGAGGAUGCAACGUCACACAGGAACAGAGGAAGUUUAUGUCCAGCGCAGCUCAUCUUCCCUCAUAUGACUCGGUUCACAAGGAGGAGCUCAGACUGCAGGAUCGAGCAACAUCUGCACGGACGGCUGCCGCACAGCUGGCUCUGCUGGAGAAGAAUGGAGAAACUCAAUUCGUCUAACAACACCAACCAGUCUGAUUUUCACAGCAUCUUCACCAAGCAGGUCCUUCCCCCUUUCUACAUCGCCAUCUUCGUUCUGGGCCUGUGUCUAAAUGUCGUGGCCGCCUGGAUCUUCUUCAGAGUCCCAGCAGACUCUGGUCUGGUGGUUUACCUGAAGAACAUGGUGGUGGCUGACCUGCUCAUGCUGCUGUCCUUCCCCUUCAGGGUGGCUGAUUACUUGGGUUAUGAGAGUUUGGACCUCGAUGUAAUCAAGUGUCGCUACACAGCCGUACUCUUCUACUUCUCCAUGUAUGUUGGAAUCCUCUUCAUCGGCUUCAUCAGCCUUGAGCGCUACGUUAAGGUUGUUUGCCUCUCCCCUUCCUCCUCCACCAUCCCUUCCUCCAGGUCUAGAUUCAGUGUCGUGCCUGUGCUACAGCAUAUACAGAGGGCCACCUCUGCCCGGGUUCUGGCGGUCCUCACAUGGAGCUUCCUCUUCCUGUGCUGUGCCCCCAAUGUCAUACUGACAAGCAAUCUUGAAGAAAAACAGUCUAUGAAAUGUAUGAAAUGGAAGACACCGCUGGGCAAGGAGUGGCACAAAGUCUCAAGCCAUAUCAGCGUGUCCUUGUUCUGGGUGACACUCGUUAUCGUGACUUUCUGCUACACAUCAAUCGCUCGCCAGGUGUGCAAGACGUACCGCCGCAUGCGCCGUGACACCACCGACAUCUGCCGCAAGUCCAACCGCAGCAUCUUCAGCAUCCUGGUGGUGUUCUUCAUCUGCUUUGUGCCUUACCAUGUCUGCCGCGUGCCUUUCACUCUGAGUCAGUUCAGCCAAUCAGGCUUCAGCCCAGAUGUCAGUUUUUGGCUUUUCCAGAUUAAGGAGGGAACGCUCUUCUUGUCGGCGAUGAAUGUCUGUCUCGACCCUGUGAUCUACUUCCUGAUGUGUGGGACUUUCAGAAAGUCCCUGCUGAGGAAACUGUCAGUGAGAGCGAGGAGGAAGUCGCUUUCCACCGCUCAGAGUCUUAGCAACAUCUAGGAGAAGAGGACAAGGAGUCAGAGGACAAAGAAAUGUGUAGCAAAGAGAGAAAAGGUGGGAGCAAAAGAAAGAAGGUGCUGAGCAGUGAGGAGAUCCUUGGUGACUACCCAAACUGGACUACAUGGAGAAAACAAACAGUCCUUAUGGGCUGGUAUCUUUUACAUCUUUCACACCUGAAUCAACUGUUUAUUACCAGAGUCCCACAGCAUUGAAGGACAUGUUGAGAAGUCAGCUGUCUUGCAACAGGGACACAUCUGAAACAUGUAGGACACCAGUCCUUGAGGACCGCAGUUGGACAUCCCUGAUAGAAAGGAAGCAAUGUGAUGUUUUUGUAUUUAUAGGCAAGAGAAACAGAAUAUAUCCUGAUGAUCACUCACUGACCACAUCAUUAGAAACAUCUUGCUGUUUCUGCAUUGGAAAUCCUUGUGCCUUCAGAACUGCCUUGAAUUUUCAUAUCAAUGUUUCAACAAGUUGUCAGAACCAUUCCUCAGAGGCUCUGGUCCAUAUUGAUGAGAGAUAAUCAAACAGUUGCUGCACAUGUUGAGAUCAAUGAUGAGGAUCUCUGUUUCACCACAAGCCAAAAUGUCCUGCUGGACUGAGUUCUGACGAUCUUGCAGAUAUUAGGGCCCAUUAAAUGUGGUUUAUGCUUGAUGAAUGUACUUAAAUAGACAUGCAGACUGUGGCCGACACACUUUUUCCAGCAUUUAUGGCCUGUGCAGCUCGUCCCAACCAACCUUGGGACCUUGCAAACAUGCCCAGUGUUAACCAGGCUUUAGGGUACACUAAGCUCAUUGUCAUGUCCCAGAAAGCCUGAGAUGAUCUGAGCUUUGAAACAGGGUCCAUUAUGCUGCUGGAAAAUCAGAAGAUGGGUCCAUUGUGGCCAUUAAGUACUGAUUAUGAUCAACGGUGAUACUCAGCUGGGCCUUGAGGUUUCAGUGAUGCUCAGCUGGUUCCAAGAAAAUAUUCCUCCUUACUGCACCAGCAGCCUGAACCAUUGAUCCAAAGCAGAACGGAUCCACGUGUUCAUGUUUAUGCCAAAUACUGACCCAACCAGCCUGAGACUUGCUGGACCAGGAAGCUCAUCUGACAUCAAUGACUACUCUUCCUCUGAUAACCUGCUGCUCACUAGAUAUUUUCUCACUUUCAGAACAUUCUUUCUUAAUCUGAGAGAUGGUUGUGGGUUGAAAUCCUCGUAGAUCAGCAGGUUCUGAAAUACUCAGACCAACCGUCUGGUACCAACAACCAUACUGCAUUCAGUUACCAAAAUCCCCUUUCUUCCUCAUUCUGAUCCUCAGCUGAACUUCAGCAGGCUGUAUUCAACAGGUCUAGAUGCCGCAAUCCAUUCAGCUGCUCUCAUGUAUUUGGCUAAUAUGCAAGGACUGAACAGGUGUACCUUAUAAAGUGGCCAGUGAGUGCAAGUGUUCUGUAUAUAAGAGUAGCACAUAUUUAGCUCUAGCUUUGUGUUUAUUAUUCAAGGAAAAAGGAAGAGUGGAGGGUGUAGAGUGUGAUGGCAGGCAUCGAACCUGUGGCGGCUGCAGCCUCAGCAUGUUGCUGUGAAUUCCUCUUCACCUUCAGCCGAUUGGUUCGAAGCAGAAAGAGUCAGAAACUGGAGCUUAGCCGCAAGAAGAACAGCAAACAUGCCUUUUAUUUAUCUGUGUCACUUUUAUAUUCAAUAAAGCAUUAAGUUGUGUUGAACUGU